UACCUGCAGACUUCAGUUGGUUUCUAAAUGUUCCUAGAAACGGAUGUGAUUUAAGCGUAGAAAAGGAUCCUAAAUAUUUUAAUUAAAGAAGUUAAUUUUUGGUUUAACAAAUAUUAAGGACUUGUUUAAAUAAAGUAAAAAUAAAAUACUAAGCACUAUGGAUAGAAAUGCAGAGUACAGUGGUGAUUUUUCUGAUGGCUUACCCGAUGAUGUACAUGAUCCCAUUUACUUGGACAGCUAUAGAAGAUCUAUAAAUCAACCAACAGAUUUUUGGGAUAAAUUGGGACAUUUGCUUGAUUGGAUGCGACCCUGGGAUCGUGUGUUAGAUAAUUCAAAUCCUCCCUUUACGAAGUGGUAUGUCGGUGGAUAUCUGAACGCCUGUUACAAUGCCGUUGAUCGUCAUGUGAAACAAGGCCGUGGCACUAAAGUAGCUAUCAUACAUGAUAGUCCACUGACAAACACUGUGCGACAUGUAACCUAUCAGGAAUUAUAUGAUCAGAUUACAAAAUUAGCCGGAGGCAUGUCUAGUUUGGGUGUAAAAAGAGGUGAUAAAGUAGUCAUUUAUAUGCCACGUAUACCUGAAACAGUAAUAGCUAUGCUGGCUACGGUUCGUUUGGGUGCUGUUCAUUCUGUAGUCUUUGGUGGUUUUGCGGCUAACGAACUGUGCUCUCGUAUCGAACAUGCUGAACCUAAACUUGUAAUAGCCGCCAAUUGUGGCGUAGAACCGGGAAAAAUUAUUUCAUAUAUUGAUAUUUUACACAAUGCCAUUGAAAUGUCCACUUGGAAGCCCAUUUGCAAUAUUAUAUUUCAACGCAACAAUGUCAUGCAAUCGACUUUGGAUAGCAAAACCGAUAUUGAUUGGGGGACGGUACAAAAUUUGGGCGAACCCGUUGACUGUGUACCAGUGGAGGCAAAUGACCCGCUGUAUAUACUCUAUACUUCGGGUACCACAGAUAAACCCAAGGGCGUGCAAAGACCUACAGGUAGUCAUUUGGUUACUCUGAUGUAUACCAUGAAGACUUUCUAUGGCUUGAACACCGAUGAUGUUUGGUGGGGUGCCUCGGAUUUUGGUUGGGUGGUAGGACAUUCGUAUAUAUGUUAUGGUCCUCUAUUGUACGGAGCCACCAGUGUUUUGUAUGAGGGAAAACCCGAUAGAACACCAGAUCCUGGACAAUAUUUUCGCAUUAUUGAUCAGCACAAGGUUGCCUCACUGUUUUCAGUACCCACCGCCUUUCGUGUAUUACGUCGUGUAGACCCUGAAUCCAAAUUUGGUCAAAAAUAUUCUUUAAAAUCAUUGCGCUCCAUUUUUAUAGCCGGCGAACAUUGCGAUUUGGAAACUAAAAAUUGGAUUGAGAAAACAUUCAAAGUGCCGAUUUUGAAUAAUUGGUGGCAAACGGAGACUGGAUCUCCGGUAACAGGCACCUGUUUAGGAUUUAAACACAAUUUAAAUGUGCCACAAUUUACCACCGGUUUACCCUUUAUAGGCUACAACAUUAAAAUUGUACAACCCGAUGGCAGUGAAUGUGAAACAAAUCAAUUGGGUAGAAUUGUUUUUAAAUUGCCAUUGCCUCCGGGCAAUAUGUCCACAUUGUAUGGAAAUGAUGAACUAUUCAAGAAAUUGUACUUUACCAAAUUUCCGGGUUACUACGACACCAUGGAUGCUGGUUACAAAGAUGAAAAUGGCUAUAUAUAUGUGACAGCUCGUGCUGAUGAUAUAAUUAACGUUGCCGGCCACCGUAUAUCCACCCAAUCCCUUGAAGAUGCCAUUCUCCGCCAUCCCGAUGUAGUCGAUGCUGCCGUAUUCGGUGUACCCGAAUCUACCAAGGGACAGGUGCCACUUUGUCUAUAUAUACCACGGGAGAACUGCCUAAAAACUAGUGCUAAAUUAUCGGCUGAAAUCAUACAGAAAAUACGAGAUGUUGUUGGUCCCAUAGCCUCAUUCCGUUUGGUAGCACCUGUAAAAUCGUUGCCACGCACGCGAUCUGGCAAAACGAUGCGCAAGGCUUUGGCCGAUUUUGCAAAAAAUGAAUUGGUCGUGAUGCCCGCUACUAUAGAGGAUCCUACUGUAUUUGAGGAUAUACGUAGAGCCUUACAAUGUUUGGGCUAUGCCAUGAACACUCCAGAACCGGUAAUGGUCAAUACAAAUUAAUAUCCAAUAACCAUCACCAUUAUAUUCUGGAAUAAUUAAAAUUAAUAAUAGUUUGUUACAAAAAAAAUGUUUAGUUUAGAAUUGAUAAAAGAAAAAUUAUAAAUACACACAUACACAUAUGUAUACAGUUUAAAGAAACGAAA